UCAAGGAGGGCUUCAAAAUUGGACGAAGAGGGGAUGGAGGUUGCUGUGUGUCGUCAUGGGUUCCUUUUGAAAGCCCUUAAUAUGUACAGGGGAGAGAUAUUUGCCUACCCUCUGUACCUUCAAAAGGAGCUCAUGCCAGCCAAGGCACAAUUCUUCGCAAUGGAUGUGGCAUGCAAAUACUGGCCAUACCUGGAGAAAGUUGCUAGUGUCCUUCCUGCUCUUCAGGAGCUGACCACUAUGAAACCCUUUCUCAGUGUAAUGCAUGCUCGAGCCCAUGCUACUAAGUGUGAGAUUAAUUGGAGUGGCAGGAACCAGGAAGGAGCAGGGACAACCGCUGGUGAGGAGGUGGAGCAAGUGAACAGUUACCUUUCACGUUGUGCCCUGACGACCAAAUACAUGUCAAAAGCAGCACGGGUGGACAUGCUUACAUUGCAUGCAAUGGGGUGGAACGAGAAAAAAAAUCUCUCUUUACAUCAGGCACUUUCCACAAGAUAUGUGAAGACUUGUCAGAGACUCCAUGAUGAGACUGCAAGGCUAGCUGACCUAAAAACAGAGCUAGAUUGCACAGAUGAAUUGGUAUCACAGUGGCUAUCUGAUGUAAAGGAAUGGGCAGCUGGUGAGACACCUGGUACAUCUCGUGUCAGUCAAGGCACAACACACAAAGAAAUUCAGCAGUCAAUUGAGGGGCUCUACCUUAGUGUGAGGCACCGGAAGCGAACCCUCUACCGUCAGAAUGACAGCAGCAAGUUUCGCCAUCGCCUUCGAAGGAAGCUGGCAGAAGACAAAAAAACUCCUUCUUCAGGAGAUACAGAAAUACAAUGAUCUUGUACUAGAAUCGGCAACAACCAUUGACAUAGC